GUCUCCUCGUGAUGACAGCAGAUGACAGCUAGCUAGCUAGCUAGCGGUUGCGACUAACCGUAAAAGAGGAGACCAGAAACGUAUCGAGUAAUAGACGUAGAUAUCUAGUCAGCCAAAUAAAUUACUGAAUUUGUUUUACGGUUAUAGGAAAUCCAUAAACAACGGGUAUACUGUAAUCAGCCUGUUUGUCCCUUGCAUCUCUGUGCGAGCUGGUAAAAAUGGUGAAGCCAGACAUCCACACUCUGGCCCACCACCUGAAACAAGAGCGGCUGUAUGUAGCUUCAGAGAAACAGUUGAUCCAGCGGCUCAAUGGGGAUGUGCUGAAAACUGCUGAGAGGCUGUACCGUGCUGCUUGGAUCACCAAACAGCAGAGGAUCAACCUUGACCGCCUCAUCCUUACCAGUGCUGAGGCUUCCCCGGCUGAAUGCUGCCAACAUGCCAAAGUGCUAGAAGAUACACAGUUCCUGGAUGGCUACAAGACUCUGGGCUUCCAGGAGAGCAUCUAUGGGGAGUUCCUGGGUCGGGUACGUGAGAACCCUCGGCUGGUGGCCUCCUGUCUGGUGGCUGGGGAGAAGUUGAACCAGGAGCAUACACAGGGUGUCAUUAACACUGUGUUCACCUCACUAUACGGCAACUGUAUCAUGCAGGAGGACGAAAGCUACCUGUUGCAGGUCUUACGCUACUUGGUGGAGUUUGAGCUGAAGGAGAGUGACAAUCCUCGGCGGCUGCUGCGGCGGGGCACAUGUGCUUUUAGCAUCCUCUUCAAACUUUUUUCUGAGGGGCUGUACUCCGCCAAGCUCUUCCUCACUGCCACCCUCCACGAACCAAUCAUGCAACUACUGGUGGAAGAUGAGGAUCACCUGGAGACGGACCCUUCCAAGGUUACGGAGCGGUUCACGCCGGCCCAGCAAGAGCGUCUGUUUGGUGAGAAGGGCUCUGAGAGCUACCGGCAGAAAGUGACGGCCGCUGUAGAGGCUAACGAGGCCAAGCUUGUGACGCUGGUGAACAAGUUCAUUGGCUACCUGAAGCAGAACACCUACUGCUUCCCCCACAACCUGCGCUGGAUAGUGUCUCAGAUGUACAAGACGCUGUCAUGUGUGGACCGGCUGGAGGUUGGCGAGGUUCGGACCAUGUGCACGGACCUGCUGCUCACCUGUUUCAUCUGUCCAGCCAUUGUCAACCCUGAGCAGUAUGGAAUCAUCUCGGAUGCCCCUAUCAACGAGGUGGCCCGAUUUAACCUCAUGCAGGUGGGGCAGCUUCUUCAACAGUUGGCAAUGGCUGAUGAUGAUGGAGACCCCAGGCGGAAAAACUGUUUGGCCAAGUUUGAUAAGAGCUGUGUAGCUGCCUUCCUGGAUGUGGUCAUUGGUGGGAGAACUGUGGAGACACCACCCAUGUCCUCUAUGAACCUACUUGAAGGCCUCAGCAGGACUGUGGCAUACAUGACGCACAGUCAGCUGCUCUGUCUGGUGGACUUUGUGCGGAGUGUGAUGACAGGGGACCACCUCAGGGAGGAGGAGCACAUGCUCCUCGAGACCCUUCUGGCCAAUGUCCCGCAGUCCUGCACUGUGAAGAGCAACAGUCUGGAGCUUACCCCCUCCAACACCCCCCAGCUCUCCCCAGCUACCACCCCAGCCAACAAGAAGAACAGGAAUAUAGGUACCUACCUACCUACCUCCUCAACAUUGGCUAUUGUUACUCUACACAUACAACCACUGCCUUUCACAGGACAACAGUUAGCUACAUCCUGGGACUCCACAACCACCACCCUGUCUGCUCACAUUCCGUUAGUUACCCCUUUUGGUUGGGAGCAGCUAACAGGUUGGGAGCAACUAACAGCCUCCCGUAGUCGUAGCCGUACCGAGCUGUCACAGCAGGGGGAGGUAGAGGCAAGCUCCCUGGAGUCUUUACAGGAGGUGAUGCCAGAGGAGGUGCUAGUUAUCUCACUAGGAACCAGCCCCCAGACUAUUCCAGGGAUGAUGUCAGAGAAUGAGGUGUUGACCAUACAACUGGCUGAUGGGGCGCAAGGAGACACUCCUGCAGAUGAGACCAAGCUUCAUGGGAAGCCAGACAAAACUUUGCGCUUCUCCCUUUGCAGUGACAACCUGGAGGGCAUCUCAGAGGGUCCGUCCAACCGGUCUAACUCUGUGUCCUCUCUGGACCUGGAGGGAGAGUCUGUGUCAGAGCUGGGAGCUGGACCGUCAGGGAGCAAUGGAGUGGAGGCUCUACAACUGCUGGAGCAUGAACAGGCCACCACUCAGGACAACCUUGAUGAUAAACUGCGAAAGUUUGAGAUCCGAGACAUGAUGGGUCUAACCGAUGACCGGGACAUCUCAGAGACUGUGAGCGAGACCUGGAGCACGGAUGUGCUGGGCAGCGACUUUGACCCCAACAUGGAUGAGGAUCGACUGCAGGAAAUAGCUGGAGCGGCUGUGGAGAACAUGCUGGGCAGCCUGCUGUGUCUGCCAGGCUCCAGCUCAGUCCUGCUGGACCCCUAUGGAUCCACCAUCUCAGAGACCACCAGCGAGGCCUGGAGUGUGGAGGUUCUGCCUAGUGACUCAGAAGCCCCAGACUUGAAGCAGGAGGAGCGUCUGCAGGAGCUGGAGAGUUGUUCGGGUGUGGGCAGCACCUCAGAUGACACAGAGGUCAGAGAGGUCAGCUCUCGGCCCAGCACACCAGGGCUCAGUGUCGUUUCAGCAACAUCAGAAGACAUCCCGAACAAGACUGAGGACUUGCGGUCGGAAUGCAGUUCAGACUUUGGAGGGAAGGACUCUGUGACCAGUCCAGACGGGGAGGAGUCUGCUCAUGGACCGCACCACAGUUUGACAUCUCCACCUUCUCAGACAGAUUCCUUACUGGCCAUGUUCGAUCCCCUAUCCUCCGGUGAAGGUUCCUCCACUGGUACUAUUGUGAGGCCUAAAGUGCACUACGCCAGGCCCCUUCACCCCCCCCCUGAUCCUCCCAUCCCAGAGGCCUGUGCCCUGGUCCAAGAACCCCGCCACUCCCUGUUCAUGUCUCAUUGCUUGGCCCAAGUUGAGCUGGAACACACCAAACAGCGCCACUCCUACCCGGACAGGCUGGUACGUAGUCGCAGUUCUGACAUUGUGUGCCCGGGCCGCCGGCCCACAAGUGACCCGGGCCUCAACCGUAGGGCUGCAGCUGAGGAGCGGGACCCUGCCGGGGCCUUCUCCAUGGGGCCAUCCUCGUCCCCCAGCAAGGACUCCCUGAAAGGAGAGGUUGAGGAGAGAAACUACAGUGAUGAGGAAAAGUCUGAUCGCAACCGACCAUGGUGGAAGAAACGCUUUCAGUCAGCCAUUCCCAAAGUGCUGUAUUGGACCGCUGAGAGUGAAGUCCCAGCUCCAAUAGCAGCCUUCCGGAAAAGGGACAAGCAGGAGAAAGACGAUAUAGGCCAUGAACGCGUCCCACAAGACGACCCGCUGCCCAGGAACUCCCAUGCUCAGGCUGCAGAAGACAUCCUGGACAAGUAUAGGAACAUCAAGAGAACCAGUCCCAAUGAAGGAGCUACCACUGCAGCCUACGAUGCCAGUGGUGAGCCGUGUGGAGAGGAGAGUGUGCAUGACUCCCUCCGAGACGAAGCUAUGCAAAACAUCUCCACAGAUGACCUGCCUGACUCAGCCAGCCAGACAGCCCAGCAACACGACUCCAAGUUCUCAUUCAGUGACGCAAAGAAGAAGUUGAGACUGGCUUUGUGUUCAGCAGACUCUGUGGCUUUCCCCCUCAUGGCUCCUGCUACAACACGCAAUGGUCUGCCAGACCACACAGACUCUGAAGACAAUGAGAUCGUGUGCUUCCUGAAGGUCCAGCUGGCAGAGGCCAUCAACCUGCAGGAUAAGAACCAGAUGGCCCAGAUCCAUGAGACUACACGCUGCGUCAGCCGAUUUGACGCACGCACCUGCAGGAAGCUGCUGGCAGCCAUCGCCGAUGAUUACAGAAAGCGGGCCCCCUACAUAGCUUAUCUUACACGAUGUCGGCAGGGCCUGCAGACAUCUCAGGCCCACCUGGAGCGUCUCCUGCAGAGGGUGCUGAGGGACAAGGAGGUGGCUAACCGCUACUUCACCACUGUCUGUGUUCGCCUCCUACUGGAACAUAUGGAGGCUAAGAUGCUGGAUUUCAUCAAAGCUUUUCAGGGCUACACAGCAUCAGACGACAAGACUGCAGCAGUGGAGGAUUUCCUGCGCUACUUGUACGGGGCCAUGGCCCAUGAUGCCACCUGGCAGUACGCCAGCGAGGACCAGCUGCAGGACGCCCAGAUGGCCAUCGAGCGCAGCGUCAUGAACCGUAUCUUCAAACUGGCCUUCUACCCUAACCAGGACGGGGAUAUCCUGAGAGACCAGCUUCUGCAGGACCACAUAGCGCGUCUCUCAAAAGUGGUGACAGUGAAUCACAAAGCUCUUCAAAUCCCAGAGGUGUAUGCAAGGGAGUCUCCCUGGCCAUCUGCCCAGUCAGAGAUUCGGACCAUCAGCGCCUACAAGACCCCGCGGGAUAAAGUGCAGUGUAUAUUGCGCAUGUGUUCCACCAUCAUGAACCUACUGAGUUUGGCCAACGAGGACUCUGUCCCUGGAGCUGAUGACUUUGUUCCUGUGCUGGUCUUUGUGCUGAUAAAGGCAAACCCGCCCUGCCUUCUGUCCACUAUUCAGUACAUCAAUAAUUUCUACGCCAGCCGGCUGAGUGGGGAGGAGUGCUAUUGGUGGAUGCAGUUCACCGCGGCAGUGGAAUUCAUUAAGACCAUCGACGAUCGCAAGUGAAGCAGAACAGCCACCUGUAUGGGCAGACUGUGGGGAAGGAGACUGGAGACCAGGAGACCUCCCAACCAACCGUUUCCUCUCCCUCUGCUCCCCAUAGCCCCCAGAACCAGGAGCACUCCCUGUCUGUCUGCUCUCUGUAUAGCUGUACAUAUAGUCAGAGACUAAAAAUUACAAAGUAUAUACAAUUAAUUAUGUGGACAAAAUCCAGGUUUUACAUGGGAGACAAAGGUCUUGGGAAAAUGGCAGAUUUAACAUUGAACUAGCAUUUUACUUCUUAAUCUAUUUAGUCACGGUGUGCUGAUGGGGUCUGUAUCAUAAGUUGUAUAUCUUGGAUUCGAGCGUUAAAUUGAUGGAUAAAAAGGGACCAUGCUUCCUAGAGAUUAUCUCAGAUAUACAUGUUUUGGAAGGGAAAUACCCUGAAGGUGAGAUAGAAGGGCUUCCUUGUUUAAUUGUGCAAUCUUUCUCCUGAAAUAAUCAGUCUGUUCAGAUGCUUUGUAUCCUUGGGAAUCAACAAAACAUCUGAUAUUGAAAGUAUUGGUGACUCAAAGUACAUUAAAAGUACGUAAUCAUGCUUUUGUUUGCUAUUUUUAACACUAUCACAUCCAUUAUAGGGCAGCUUUUUCAUUAUUCGGUUAACCCUUUCAUAAAUAAGUAGCUUUCUGUGGCAAAUUGGAUAUAAGGGCCCACAUAUUUAUAUACGAAAUAACAUGUAUUUAUUUCCUUCUGUGUAAUGCUUAAUUUUAUUUCUAUGAAUGAAAUCACGUUUCAAACCCAUUUAAGAGAUUCUAGGCAAUAUGUUUUGAGAUUUUGUUAGGCAGCCUUUUUCUUUGAUUGAGACCCUAAGGAUUAGAUGUUUGCUGCAGUUUAAAUACAGGGUCAUCACUGAUCAGCUCCUGCACAAUAUCAGUGGUGCUGGUAUUUUUGGAAAUACUGAAAUUAGUGCCUUGAGGAGGGGCGUUUUGUUAGUCUUAUUUUCUUCAUGUAUUUUCUUGAGAAUGAGAGUUUUACUCUUGGUUUUCCAUAAUGGAUUGGCAUUACUCCCCAUUAUCACCACUGGGCGCUGCAGUCUGUUUCUCGAAGAAAUGUCAAACCUCAGUGCUCAGAGUGACCUCUGGAGGGCCGGCUGUAUGUGGAACAUCACUGGUUAAGGUUUUCCCACUUCACUCAUCUCUUUUCCAUUAACGUUAUCCCCUUCAAUAAUCAAGAUUCUACCUCAAAUUUAGAACCAAUGACCCUGAACUGUCUGUUUGAGCAUGUACAAUACUAAAACAUUUACUGGCUAGAAAUAGUCAUGUAUUCAGUGUUCAAGGGGCUUUAGAAUCAACACUCCCACUAUCAAUGCACCCUUGCAGUUAUAAUGAGGAAUAGUAUUUAAAUAACUUACAUUUUAUAAUAUUUUGGGCUGGCCAAAGUAAUCAUUGGUAGUAAAGCAACAAACAAUUACAGUGGUAUUUCUGUAACUGAAUCCUUUAUGAUCCUGUUUUAUAGGCUUAGAAUGUCCAUAGUGUCCAUGUUUGUAGAAACAGUCAUGUUAGGUUACGUUGGUCCCAUGAUCACCAGCAGCUCCUCCGAAAACACACAAAGAAACAUGAGCUCAUCCUGUGACGCAGUAGAACGAGUUUCAGGUGUGCAGCCAGUCGUUACAGGUGGGGGAUGCAUUGCUCUGUCUGUUUUAAUAAGGUAGAAUCGGUCACUCUUAUUUUGUCUUCUAAACCAAUGAUUUGUUUGUACGGUAAGAACUCUUCUGCAGGAGAGAGAUUUCAGAUGGAUGAUCAUGUGACCUUAUGGAAUUAAAUUGUUUCUGAGUGAGUUCACCUAACAUGCCGUUUUUUCAAAACUUAAUUCAUGAACUACGACUCCCACCAGGUGGUCUGCAUCUUUUGACAGCUUGCUUGCUUUCAAAAUUAAUGUUUUAAUUUUCAAAAAGUACUGGUUGGCCACAUUUAGUUAACAGACAAACAGUAACAAACCAGUUUUAUUGUCUUGCGACAAAACAGUAACAAACCAGUUUUAUUGUCUUGCAACUCAUCCGUUCAAGUAGCUUUUGCAGAUGUCUUCUUGAAUUUCAUAUUUUGGAUUGGGUGUAAGUACAUCAAUACUUAGAGUAUAAUUUCUUUCAUAUUUUGAAUCACUGUGUUUUCUUGAGUUUGUGUAUAUAAUCUUGAAUCCUAUUAAAAAGACCUGAAAUAUUUAUCCAGAAGUGUAACUUAGGUCACAUCGCGUGCAUGGGGUGUGCUGCAUGUAUGUUCCAGCCUAGAUCAGACUGGUGAUUGGAUUAGAUCACUACCUCUUCACACGAUCAAGAAAGGGACUCUUGUGUAUGCACACUAUACAUUUUUUCCUAGAUUGCUAUUUCUAAUUCCUAAUUUUCUUCUACUUACAGGCUUGUUUCUAAUAACUUUCCACCACAAUAACUUACAGGCAUUCAUGAACUAAUUUUCUCUUUACAGCCACAGAAUGCAUUAACACUUGCCCCUCUGUUUGUGCACUUAUUAUUGUGACAAAUGUGUGUCUUAUUUUCUAUUUUUAAUCUCUGCUUUCACAUCACAUGAAUAGACGGCACAAUAAAAAGAGUAAACUCUGAACACUGUUACUGACUAUUAAGGGUGUUGUGUGUGAGGAUGUGGACUGUUGUGUGAGAGGUUUGUACAGUGAAUGAGUUAGGCUUCUGAAAAAAGGUCAAACAAGUGUGACCCUCUGUCUCUUGCACAAUGUCAUAGGAUGGCAUCCUUACUGUAGCUACAGUACUACUUGAAAAGCAGUAGAUCUGUAAUGUAAAAAUUUUAAGUACCUCUGGUUUCAUUUCCAUCUGAGGCCGAAAGGUUUUGUGAAGAGAGGCCAGGUCACUUAAGUCUGAACCUGAUGUAGUUUCUUUUUAAUUUAAGAGCUUAAUUCUCUAUAUUUUUUUUGUAUAUGCUUAUUGAAGUUUGCUCCAGGUGUUUGACUUGCAAAACUAUUUUACUUCCCUGCUGUUCAGUAGUUAAACUAAAAACUAAAACCUUGAAUUAAGAUGAGUAGAUGGGUUGUUUAACCAGGUCUGUUACGCUUUGUCCAUUGGAAGCAGUCAUGAUGACAUGCAUUCAUAAGCAAUCUGUUUUCACCCCGUUUCUGGUCUUCGGCCCGUUUUUUAGUAAUGUGUCUAUGGCUUCUGUUUUUAAAUACACCUCUUUGAAGCAUAUGUUACUGCUGUUUAACCUGUUUGUGAGAACAGUUGUACUGCUAGGUCACAAAACUUACUGUAUCUAUGUGUUUGUGAUGUCACUUUGAAAGGUACAGUAGACCAAAUGACAUCUUGUACACAUAUCACUGAAUCUUUUUGAUCCCAAAAAUAUAUACAGCCACUUAGUUUCUAACAAAGGGGAGGGCAACCAUUUCGGCUCCUGGGCCACAUCCACAGUUUGAAAUUAAAUGGAGGGACACAUGUUUUGUAAUUUGUAAAUCAUUGAGUUAAAUGAUUUGUGGGUCAGAAAAGGUCAAUAAUUAUAAAAUUUUUACAGUAGUUCCAUUAUAAUGUCUAAAUAAUUUUGAUUCAGAUAUAUAAGAAGGGGAUUCGGCCCGCGGGCCUUAGUUUGCCCACCCAUGUUCGAACCUGAGGGAUGCUGUUCAUUUACAAAAUACCUCCUAUUGUGAAGUUAAAAAACAUAUCCUAACGUGUUAUUGCUUGAUUUAGUAUUGAUUGAUGCAAAAUAGAGAACAUGAAAAUCAAGUCUUUUAAGCUUUACAAUCCUCCCUAUGUUCUACUCCCAGUACAGAAUAUGUAGACCGAGCAGAAAAUGUUACCUUUUACUUUUGUUAGCUUGCACAAUUAUGACAUGCCGCGGGGAAGGUGUUCUGUCUUUAAGGUGAUUAUUGUAUUAUAACUCUUUAAAACAAUAAAACUGUUGUUUUUUUUU